AUGGCUCAAUCCGCGGACACCCUUCCCAUCAUUAGACUUACCCCUCUCGAAUCGACAUUAAAAUCGCUCUUACUCGAUGUUGCGAAAUACAUACAUGAAAAGAAUGUUGCAGAAGGACGCCGCGAUGCGGAGCCCACGGUUCUGCGAUUUACCGGAGGAUGGGUGCGGGACAAGCUGUUAGGGGUGGGCAGUAAUGAUGUUGACGUCGGUAUUAACAAUAUGACGGGGUAUCAGUUUGGUUUGCUCCUCAAGGAGUAUAUGGAUAGACCAGAAAACUUGGAGAAGUACAGACAAGAGCAGCCCAAUGGAGAGUUGAAGCAUGCGAUUGCUAGCCUACAUAAAAUCGAGGCGAACCCAGAGAAGUCCAAACACCUGGAGACAGUCACAACAAGAAUAUUCGGCUUGGAUAUUGAUUUGGUGAAUCUACGGAAGGAGACUUACUCGGAAGAUAGCAGAAAUCCACAGAUGGAAUUUGGAACAGCCCAGGAAGACGCGAUGCGUCGCGAUGCGACGAUCAAUGCGCUUUUCUAUAACUUAAACGAAUCUAUAGUCGAGGAUUUCACUGGACGAGGUCUGGAGGAUAUGAAGAAGGAGAUUAUCCGUACCCCGAUGGAACCAUAUCAAACCUUUCAGGACGAUCCACUGCGUGUGCUACGCUUGAUUCGGUUUGCCAGCCGAUUGGGUUACAAUAUUGAAAGGGAGACCCAGGAGGCAAUGCGAAAUGAACUUAUUGGGGAGGCUCUCAAGCUGAAGAUCAGCAGAGAACGGGUGGGUAAGGAGAUAGAGAAGAUGCUUCAAGGUCCUGAUCCCCGCGGUGCACUGCAAUUCAUUGAUAGUCUUGGGCUGUACCCGACUAUCUUUGCCAAUCAUCAGGAUGAUGCGCAAGCAGAUACCUCAUCAUGGGCACUUGCAUACAAUGCGCUGGAGAAAAUUCUGAAAGACGAAACCAACGCAGCUACUGUAAAUGUUCGCCAAUUCCUCAUACGCGACAAACUCGAAUCAUACUACGCAUGGGUGAUUGCAGCAUUUGCUCCGUGGUCAAGUAUCCCGUCCCGCGUUGCGAGGGGACCCAAGGCGAAACCUCUCCCGGCACGGACCGCAGAAGUAGCCCGAGACAGCCUGCGAGCUGAUAACAAAACCAUCGCCGUCAUCGGUGAUGCGGCACACAACUGGCAGGCCAUCACCGAUGUCAAGAACUCUGUCCUCGAGGGACGCAUGGAUGGCACUGCAGCAGAGGCGCGGCAGCAGGUCGGACUGCACAUUCGCUCGUGGAAGAAGGAUUGGAGGCUCUGUAUACUCCUUUCCAUUCUCCAAGAAAUUAUGCGUGGCGGCGAGUUUACUAGCGUGCUGCAAUCGUACGACCGGUUCCUCUCCUACAUCAAAGAGCAAGAUCUACAGGAUGCAUUUGAGCUGAAGCCCCUCGCCAACGGCGGAGAGAUUGUGAAGGCUCUUGGUUGCAAGACUGGUCCCUGGAUGUCGAAAGCUUUGGAUAUGUCGAUCAAAUGGCAGCUGUUGCACCCGGAGGUUACCGACAAGGAAAAGGUGCUGGAAGAGCUAUCCCGUAGAAAAGAAGAGCUAGGCAUCGCUACAUAG